GUUGCGUUUCCCUUCCCCUUCUUCUUCUCCUCUAUUUUUUCUUCUUUCUUUUGGGAGAAGGAGAGCUAGGGUUCGUACGCAGAGGACGCACGAUGGCUGCGGAGGGCGAGAAGAAGAAGAUGAUAACCCUGAAGAGCUCCGACGGCGAGGAGUUCGAGGUGGAGGAGGCGGUCGCCAUGGAGUCGCAGACCAUCCGCCACAUGAUCGAGGACGACUGCGCCGACAACGGCAUCCCCCUCCCCAACGUCAACUCCAAGAUCCUCUCCAAGGUUAUCGAGUACUGCAACAAGCACGUCCACGCCUCCAACUCCACCUCCGACGACGCCCCCGCCCCCGCCACCAACUCCACCUCCGCCGACGACCUCAAGAACUGGGACGCCGAUUUCGUCAAGGUCGAUCAGGCCACCCUCUUCGACCUCAUCCUGGCUGCAAACUACCUCAACAUAAAGGGAUUGCUGGAUCUGACUUGCCAGACUGUUGCUGACAUGAUCAAGGGCAAAACUCCAGAGGAGAUUCGCAAGACCUUCAACAUAAAGAACGACUUCACCCCUGAGGAGGAGGAGGAGAUCCGCAGGGAGAACCAGUGGGCGUUUGAGUAGGGUAGAUUGCUGGUGCAUCUUCUAUAAGUGGCUCGGUUGCAAUGGUUGUAAUUAUUUUGGGAGUGAGAAUGCGGGAAUGGGUUAAGCUGGUAAUGGGUUAUGGAAGUGGUGAACCGAACCAAUCCCGUUUGUUAUGUGCAGCAGCGUGACUGCAGUUGAUAUCGUCUGAUCUAUGAGUCGUCUGAUUGUCCAUUGUCACUCUCAA